UUCUCUGCCGACCUCUUUUUAUAUCUCAUUUCUCUCUCCCUUCUUUUUCUCACAAACCCAAACAUAUCUCUCUCUCUCUCUCUCUCUCUCUCUCUCUCUUUCUAAGUUAUCUCUGUGAAACCCUAACUCCGAAGGAUUAUCAAUGAAAGGUGCUAAAUCGAAGUCUGAUGCUACCAAAAAUGGUGAUAAGCUUUCUGUGAAGAGAAAAGUUGCUGCUAAUGAUGCAGGAGGAAGAAAAACUUCUAAGAAAGAGAAGGCUGUCAAGGAUCCUAACAAGCCAAAGAGACCUGCUAGUGCCUUCUUCGUAUUCAUGGAGGAUUUCAGGACACAAUUUAAGGAAAAGCAUCCUAACAAUAAAUCUGUCUCAGUUGUUGGUAAAGCUGGUGGAGAUAAGUGGAAAUCCUUGUCCGAUGCUGAAAAAGCUCCUUAUGUAGCCAAGGCAGAGAAAAGGAAGGUUGAAUACAACAAAACCAUGGACGCAUACAACAAGAAAUUGGCUGGAGGGUCAAAUGCUGAUGAUGAUGAAGAAGAAGAAUCUGACAAAUCAAAGUCUGAAGUUAAUGAUGAAGAUGAGGAGGAAGAAGGAAGUGAUGAGGAGGAAGAGGAUGACUAGAUAGGAAGUACAGUAGAGAGGGAGGAAGAGCUUGGAGAUGUGCGUUUCUAACUGUUUUUGGUCUUUCUAGUUUACAACACUUGUGUUAUGGAAAAUAUAUGCUUCUAGUACUUUGUGGAGGCCUAAAUUUACUAUUGUACCUACUCACUCUUCUUCCUUUUUAUGUUCAAUGGUUAAGUUAAGUUAGUUCUUUUUCUUUCA